AUGGCGGCCGGUGCACUCGUGCAGUUCUCCGGACAUCAGUACCUGCGACAGCGCCUGGUGCUGUCGAUUUUGAGCGGCAAGCCCGUCAAAAUCGACAAGAUACGGCCGGAGGAUAAGAAUCCUGGUCUACGAGACUACGAAAUUAGCCUCCUCCGCCUGCUCGAGAAGCUCACCAAUGGUACCGUCAUUGAGAUCUCCGUGACUGGCACGGCCAUCCUCCUCAAACCAGGCAUCAUCGCCGGCGGUCCGCUCACACAUGACUGUCCCCUGUCGCAGGCUGUCGGAUACUUCCUCGAACCCAUCAUCAUGCUUGCGCCCUUCGCGAAGAAGCCUGUGCAGCUUACCCUUCGCGGCGUCACCACUGAUGGGCGGAAUCUGUCCGUAGACAUCCUCCGCACGGUCACUCUCCCGCAUCUACAGCUCUUCGGUGUAUUCGAUGGCGUGGAGCUGAGGAUAAAGAAGAGGGGAGCGCCGCCAGCGGGAGGAGGGGAAGUACAAUUCCUAUGCCCGGUGGUCAAGCAGGUGAAGACGUUGAACUUCGUGGACCCGGGGAAGAUCAAGAGGAUACGAGGGGUGGCUCACGCCGUCCGCGUCAGCCCCCAGUUCUCCAACCGCAUGAUCGAGGCGUCCCGAUCCAUUCUCAACCGCUACAUUCCCGACAUCUACAUCUACUCCGACGUAUACAAGGGUGACGACAGUGGAAAAUCCCCCGGCUACGCCCUCUCCAUCCUCGCCGAAUCCACCACCGGCGCCCUCCACUCCGCCGAGGCCAUCUCCGAACCCGGCGUCGCCCCCGAAGACAUCGCCCUCAAAGCCACCCGCGUCCUCCUCUCCGAGCUCGAAAGCGGCGGAUGUGUCGACCGCCGGCAUCAGUGCUUGGUGCUGUCGAUGAUGGUGCUGGGGAGCGAGGAUGUGGGGCGGUGUAGGAUGGGGGAGCCGACGGUGCAGACCAUCCAAUUUCUCCGCGACGUCCGCCAAUUCUUUGGCACGUCAUUUAAAAUUGCACCAGCGGAGCCUGAAGACUCGGAGUGCAAGCAGUUGGUGUACUCAUGCUAUGGUACUGGCUAUGUGAAUGCGAACAGGACACUGGCAUGA